GCACCAACAACACAUGCUGGGCUUCUCAUCUGCUGUCCCCUUUCCCUACUCUGCCCCUGGUUUGGCGCUCUUCCCCCCAUUUUAGCUGUCUUUCCCAGACCCCCCUCUGCAAUGCUGUGACGCUGGCAGCUCUGCAACUGUAAAUCUUUUUAAACGUUUUUCUCCAGAAGAAUUCAACCUUUGGAUUACGUGUAGAAAGUCUGAAAACCAAGGAGUUCACUGGGUUAACUGAGCUGGAACGUUAAUUAAUGGAAUUUUGUUUUUCUUUUUAGAUUUGGUCGGAAUCUAAGUAACUGUUUGGAUUGCAAAGAGUCUGCUUAGUUCCUACGUAGAAGCUUUGCUUCUCCGCUGAGGGUUUGUGCCUGAUAUUAAGUCUUCAUAAUCAUCAUGGCGGCAGCUGCUCCUCAAGCCGACGGGCACACUGGAGAAACGGGGCGUGUGUCGUCUCCUCCGAAGGCCCCGGGCUUCUGGCUGUUGCGGACGCUGAGCUUCUCUGUGGAGUUGCUGGUGGCCCUGGCUUUCCUCCUCUGCUGGAUCGGGGCAGGCGUCAUGAUGUUCGAAAUUGUGGAAUACAAAGGGGUUACUGAUAUUCAAGAAAUUGUCAUGGAUCCCAUGAAAGCUAUAAAUGAGGCUGUAGAUGGCAUAUCCAACUUGUUCAAUGGAGCGCAAGAACUUGUUCCUGAACUGGACCCCAUGACUGCUAUUAACUUUGCAACUGAGGAAAUAACCGAUGCGAAAGAAGAAUUUGUGAGCUACCUUUCUGAUGAAGAAGGAAACAUUUAUUUAAGCUACAUUGACCCAGUGAUCAUAGGCAGAGGUGCCUUCGAGGCUACCAAUGACCUCAUGUGUGAAGCUGGGAGCACCAUACAACACACGCUUUGUACUGUAUUUGAUACGAUCCUGGAUCUUCUAAAAGGAAAAUACGACUUGAGCUACAUUGACCCUGUAGUCAUAGGCCGAGGUGUCUUUGAGGUUAUCAAUGGCUUCAUGUGUAAAGUGGGGGACGCCAUACAAGACAUUCUUUGUAGUGCUUUGGACACUUUCUUGGAUAGUGUGAAAGCUGCUCUUCAAUGGGUGGGCUUUAACCCCAUGAUAAUCGUGGAGACUGUCUCUGAAUGGAUGAGCUCACUUUGGGCAUACUUAUGGAACCUACUGCAAGGCGUCUUAAAUGUGAAGUUCAGUCCCAUGACGGUUCUCACUAGAACAGUGGACAUAAUCAUUGAGCAGAAGAACAUUCUUGUGAACUACCUCUCCCACUUGCUAAUGGGAGACCAAGGGGUCAUUCCAGACAUAACCUUUGACCCGAUGCAAGUGGUCACAGAUGCCAUGGUGGAGAUCACAGACAAGAGGAACAUAUUUCUAUCUUAUCUGUCAAACAUGAUCAUGGAUGACAAAGGUGAAUCUACACCAUCUGAGAUACAUCUUAUUAGGAGGAAAGGAGAGUUUUUACCGCCUUUGGAAAAAGUUGCAGAACUGACGCACACCAAAGAAAAGGACAAGAUCAGUGUUCCUUCAGAAACGGAGGAGAAAUACGACACGGCAUCCAUGGAGGAUGUGAAAGAGGCAGAGGAGGAGCAUGAUAAAGAUGAUGAAGGAAAUAAAGAUCCUGGAGAACCACUGGAUGAAGCAGUCUCUGAUGGAGACUACAUGGAGGCGGAGUUGCAGGAAGAAGAUGCCGACGAAAGCAAGAACACGGAACAUAAGCAGAAGAGGAAUGUCCGCAUAACCUACGAGAGGGUACGAAGAAUAGGAUCAAAGGCCCACUUGAAAAAGGAUCAAGAGCAACCAGAAGAGACAGAUCAUCAAGUCAAGGUAGAGGAAGAGAAGAUAGAAGGAGAGGUGGUGGAAGAAGAGAAGGAAGCACAGGAGCAGGCCCAACCCUUACAAAAGGCUGUUGAGGCAGAAGAUGACCAUCCGGAUGAAGGAAGAGAAGAAACGAAGAAACAGGAGGAGGAGAAAAAGAAGACUGGUGAUCUUCAUUUCAAACACCAGGUGGUAUUAGAAGCAGGUGGUGACCAGGAACAGGACAUGACAGGCAUUGAACAAGAUAAGGAAGGAGAGCAGGCUGUCACAGAAGAGGCAGUAGAGGAGAAGGAGGAGGAGGAACCAGCAAAUGAAGAGGUGAAAGAGGAGGAGGUAGAGGAAACAGAAGAUGAAGAGGCGAAAGAGGAGAAGGAGGAGGAGGAACCAGCAAAUGAAGAGGUAAAAGAGGAGAAGGAGGAGGAAGAAACAGCAAAUGAAGAGGUGAAAGAGAAGAAGGAGGAACCCGCAAAUGAAGAGGUGAAAGAGGAGGAGGAGGAGGAGGAGGAACCCGCAAAUGAAGAGGUGAAAGAGGAGGAGAAGGAAGAACAGCCAGUGGAGGAAAACAAGGCUGCCAUAGAAGAAGUGGUAGAGAAUGAGGAGCUGAAGAAGGAGAAGAAAGAAGAAGAGCCUGCUAAAGAAGAAGUAAUGGAGGAGGAGGAGGAAAAGGUGGAGGUGAAGAAAGAGAAGGAUAAGGAGAAAGAGGAAGAGAAACAUAAGCUAGUAAAUGAAGAGGAUGAUCAUGUCGUCCUGACAACUGAAAAGUUUGAUGUUGUUGACAUCAUGACUGGCAUUGCAUCUGAAGAGGAAGAGGAAGAAAAGGAAACAACACCUCCUGUUACUGAUGAUGAAGAUUACUCUGACAUCAUUGAUGAUGAUGAAAACAACAACAACAGCGAAAGCAAGAAAACAGAACCCAAACGGAAGAGGAAUGUCCACAUUCCUUAUGAGCGAAUAAGGAGAAUCGGAUCAAGGGCCCAUCUCAAACUUGAUGAAGAGGUGCCCAAAGUGGAAGAUUACCAAGGCAAAGACACAAAGGAUGACAAAGUUCUCAGGGAAUCAACAGAAAGACGAGCAAAACAGGAGGUAGAGGACGUUCUUAAAGAUCUCAGGGCUGCACAGGUCAGAAAAUUGGAGAGAGUGCAAAGGAGGAAAGAGAAUGAAGAGAAAAAAGAGAAGCCUGUGAAACUCGAGAGAAAGUCUGAGAAAGAGAAGGAGGAAGAGCUUUCUGAGGACAAGAUUGGAGAGGCUAAGAACAGUGUGAAAAAGGCAGAAAAGCUACAGCUUAAAGAUGAACUUCUGAAGAAGUCUGCUGAAGAAAUAAAAGCAGUGAACGAGACAGGGCCUCUGAGGAGGAGAUUUGCUCACCAGACUAAAAUGACAGCCAUUGAACCCAAGAUGACAGUCAAGGAGUUGAAGGAUGUGAAGGCCUACAAAACAGAGUCUGACAAGAAAGAGGUAAAGUCCGAGACGGAAGCCAUCAAGGCUGAUGAGGAGGUGAAGCCAGAGAAAAAGGUGUUUGGCAAAAAAGUGGUAAAGGCUGAAAAGGACGUUGAGGCCAAGGUGACAUCAGAAAAAAUAGAGGCUCACAAAAAAGAGAGCAAGGCUGACAACAAAGAGGUGAAGCCCGAGAAAGAAGCCAUCAAGACUGAGGAGGAGGUGAAGCCAGAGGUAAAAGUGUUUGGCAAAAAAGUGGUAAAGGCCGAAAAGGAGGUUGAGGCCAAGGUGACAUCAGAGAAAAUAGAGGCUCACAAAAAAGAGACCAAGGCUGACAAGAAAGAGGUGAAGCCCGAAAAGGAAGCCAAGGCUGAGGAGGAGGUGAAGCCAGAGGUAAAAGUGUUUGGUAAAAAAGUGGUUAAGGCCGAAAAGGAGGUUGAGGCCAAGGUGACAUCAGAGAAAAAAGAGGCUCACAAAAAAGAGAUUGAGGCUGACAAAAAAGAGGUGAAGCCCGAGAAGGAAGUCAUCAAGACUGACAAGGGGGUGAAGCCAGAGAAAAAAGUGGUUGACAAAAAAGAGGUAAAGGCCGAAAAGGAGGUUGAAGCCAAGGUGGCAUCAGAAAAAAUAGAGGCUCACAAAAAAGAGACCAAGGCUGAUAAGAAAGAGGUGAAGCCCGAAAAAGAAGCCAUCAAGACUGAGGAGGAGGUGAAGCCAGAGGUAAAAGUGUUUGGCAAAAAAGUGGUAAAGGCCGAAAAGGAGGUUGAGGCCAAGGUGACAUCAGAGAAAAAAGAGGCUCACAAAAAAGAGACCAAGGCUGACAAGAAAGAGGUGAAGUCCGAGAAGGAAGCCAAGGCUGAGGAGGAGGUGAAGCCAGAGGUAAAAGCGUUUGGCAAAAAAGUGGUAAAGGCCGAAAAGGAGGUUGAGGCCAAGGUGACAACAGAUAAAAUAGAGGCUCACAAAAAAGAGACCAAGACUGACAAGAAAGAGGUGAAGCCCGAGAAGGAAGCCAAGGCUGAGGAGGAGGUGAAGCCAGAGGUAAAAGUGUUUGGCAAAAAAGUGGUAAAGGCCAAAAAGGAGGUUGAGGCCAAGGUGACAUCAGAGAAAAUAGAGGCUCACAAAAAAGAGAGCAAGGCUGACAAAAAAGAGGUGAAGCCCGAGAAAGAAGCCAUCAAGACUGAGGAGGAGGUGAAGCCAGAGGUAAAAGUGUUUGGCAAAAAAGUGGUAAAGGCCGAAAAGGAGGUUGAGGCCAAGGUGACAUCAGAGAAAAUAGAGGCUCACAAAAAAGAGACCAAGGCUGACAAGAAAGAGGUGAAGCCCGAGAAGGAAGCCAUCAAGACUGAUAAGGAGGUGAAGGCAGAGAAAAAGGUGUUUGGCAAAAAAGGGGUAAAGGCCGAAAAGGAGGUUGAGGCCAAGGUGACAACAGAUAAAAUAGAGGCUCACAAAAAAGAGACCAAGACUGACAAGAAAGAGGUGAAGCCCGAGAAGGAAGCCAAGGCUGAGGAGGAGGUGAAGCCAGAGGUAAAAGUGUUUGGCAAAAAAGUGGUAAAGGCCAAAAAGGAGGUUGAGGCCAAGGUGACAUCAGAGAAAAUAGAGGCUCACAAAAAAGAGAGCAAGGCUGACAAGAAAGAGGUGAAGCCCGAGAAAGAAGCCAUCAAGACUGAGGAGGAGGUGAAGCCAGAGGUAAAAGUGUUUGGCAAAAAAGUGGUAAAGGCCGAAAAGGAGGUUGAGGCCAAGGUGACAUCAGAGAAAAUAGAGGCUCACAAAAAAGAGACCAAGGCUGACAAGAAAGAGGUGAAGCCCGAGAAGGAAGCCAAGGCUGAGGAGGAGGUGAAGCCAGAGGUCAAAGUGUUUGGUAAAAAAGUGGUAAAGGCCGAAAAGGAGGUUGAGGACAAGGUGACAUCAGAGAAAAUGGAGGCUCACAAAAAAGAGACCAAGGCUGACAAGAAAGAGGUGAAGCCCGAGAAGGAAGUCAUCAAGACUGACAAGGGGGUGAAGCCAGAGAAAAAAGUGGUUGACAAAAAAGAGGUAAAGGCCGAAAAGGAGGUUGAGGCCAAGGUGGCAUCAGAGAAAAAAGAGGCUCACAAAAAAGAGACCAAGGCUGAUAAGAAAGAGGUGAAGCCCGAGAAAGAAGCCAUCAAGACUGAGGAGGAGGUGAAGCCAGAGGUAAAAGUGUUUGGCAAAAAAGUGGUAAAGGCCGAAAAGGAGGUUGAGGCCAAGGUGACAUCAGAGAAAAUAGAGGCUCACAAAAAAGAGACCAAGGCUGACAAGAAAGAGGUGAAGCCCGAGAAGGAAGCCAAGGCUGAGGAGGAGGUGAAGCCAGAGGUAAAAGUGUUUGGUAAAAAAGUGGUAAAGGCCGAAAAGGAGGUUGAGGACAAGGUGACAUCAGAGAAAAAAGAGGCUCACAAAAAAGAGAUUGAGGCUGACAAAAAAGAGGUGAAGCCCGAGAAGGAAGUCAUCAAGACUGACAAGGGGGUGAAGCCAGAGAAAAAAGUGGUUGACAAAAAAGUGCUAAAGGCCGAAAAGGAUGUUGAGGCCAAGGUGAUAUCAGAGAAAAAAGAGGCUCACAAAAAAGAGAUCAAGGCUGACAAGAAAGAGGUGAAGUCCGAGAAGGAAGCCAAGGCUGAGGAGGUGAAGCCAGAGGUAAAAGUGUUUGGCAAAAAAGUGGUAAAGGCCGAAAAGGAGGUUGAGGCCAAGGUGACAUCAGAGAAAAAAGAGGCUCACAAAAAAGAGAUUGAGGCUGACAAAAAAGAGGUAAAGUCUGAGAAAGAAGCCAUCAAGACUGACAAGGAGGUUAAGCCAGAGAUAAAAUUGAUGGGCAAAAAUUUGGUAAAGGCCGAAAAGGAGGUUGAGGCCAAAGUGAAAUUAGAGAAAAUAGAGACUCACAAAAAACAGACCAAGGCUGACAAGAAAGAGGUGAAGCCCGAGAAGGAAGCCAUCAAGAUUGAUAAGGAGGUGAAGCCAGAGAAAAAAGUGGUUGACAAAAAAGAGGUAAAGGCCGAAAAGGACGUUGAGGCCAUGGUGACAUCAGAGAAAAUAAAGGCUCAACAAAAAGAGACCAAGGCUGACAAAAAAGAGGUGAAGCCCAAGAAGGAAGCCAUCAAGACUGAUAAGGAGGUGAAGCCAGAGAAAAAGGUGGUUGACAAAAAAGAGGUAAAGGCCGAAAAGGAGGUUGAGGCCAAGGUGACAUCAGAGAAAAAAGAGGCUCACAAAAAAGAGACCAAGGCUGACAAGAAAGAGGUGAAGCCCGAGAAGGAAGCCAUCAAGACUGAUAAGGAGGUGAAGGCAGAGAAAAAGGUGUUUGGCAAAAAAGGGGUAAAGGCCGAAAAGGAGGUUGAGGCUCUCAAGGAGUCAAAACCCAUAAAGGCAGUUAAGCCCAAAGUGGCAGCAGAGAAAAUUGAGGUUCACAAAAAGGAGAUCAAGGCUGACAAGAAAGACAUGAAGCCUGAAAAGGGGUCGGUUAAGGCUGAGAAGAAGGACGUGAAAGCAGAGAGAGAGGGGAAGGCAAUCAAGGAGGAGGUGAAAGCCAAGAUAAAUGAGGAAGACCAAGGAGAAGUAAAGGUGAAGAAGGAGGUUAUGGCUGCACUGCAGCCAGAGAAAAAAGAGGGUGACAAAAGAGAGGUGAAGGCCGACAAGAAGCCGGUGAAGGCUGAAAAGGAUGUGAUGCCCAAGAAAAAACAAGCUGACCAAAAAGAGGUGAAGGUUGAGAUGAAGGAGGUGAGGGCUGAGAAGGAGGGUAAAGUCCCAAAAGAGUCGAAGGCCAACAUAAAGCCUACUUUGAAAAAGGCUGAUCUUGAUGUCAAAGAAACAGAAGCAGAACUUCAAAAAGAGAAGGCCAAGAAGGCAGGUCCUUCUAUAAAAGAGAUUGCUGCUUCUAAAGAGAAGACCAAGACAGUUGUUGAAAAGAAAGAGCAAGAGGGCACCCACAAGAAUGCUUCUCUUACCAAGGAGAGGCUGAAAGUAGUGCCAAUGAAGAAAGAUCUUGAAGUUACUAAAGAGAGGCCAAAACCAACUACAGUGAAGACAGAAGCUGUCACAUCAAAGGAAAAAUCAAGAUCGGCCCCAUCAAUCAAAGAGGCUGGAGUUUCCCACCGAAAUGUGUCCCUUACAAAGGAGAGGGUGAAGGUUGUGGCCCGAGAAGCAGAAGCUCCUAAACAGAAGACCAAGCCUGCAGCUCCUGGGAAAGAAACUCUUCUGAAAGAAAAAACAAAGACAUCCUCUUCAAAGAAAGAAGCAGACACUCCUAAAGAAAAAGCCAAGCCAGUGAUCCCAACUAAAGUUCUAGAGGUUCCCAAGAAGAAGGUAAAAACAGCACCUGUUAAGAAAGAGCCUGAGGCCUUGAAAGAAAAGGCUGUGAAGGAAGAGCAAGAUGUUGCAAAAGAAAAGGCCAAACCAGCUCCUGCAAAGAAAGAGCCUGAUGCACCAAAGGCCAAGACCAAGCAAGAAUCAGUGAAAAAAGAGUCUGAAACUCUAAGAAGAGAAGAGAAAGAGAAAGCCAAACCAGCUAUUAAGAAAGAUACACCUAAAACAAAGACCAGAUCAAAGACCAGACUUCCUAUGAAGAAAGAGGCUGAAUUUUCUCACAGAAAUAUCUCACUUACCAAGGAGAGGGUUAAGGUUGUGGCUUUGAAGAAAGAACAAGAGACUCCCAAGGAGAAAGUCACAUCAGCAACUGCAAAGAAAGAGCCGGAGGCUACUAAAGACAAAGCUAAACCGACUGCUCUGAAGAAAGGUGUUUAUGCAGAGCCCACCGCUAAAAAGGAAAAGGCAAAAUCUGUGUCUGUGAAGAAAGAUCCUGAGGCUACAAAAGUGGUCAAGUCAGCACCUGCAGAGAAAGGUACAUUUAGUCAUUUAGCAGAUAUAAAGCCUAAAGAGAGGGUCGUACCACCUGUUUUGAGGAAAGAUGUCUCCAGACAAAAGGUCAAAUCAGUAGCCCCUAAGAAAGAAACCGAGGCUCAGAAAGACAAGUCCAAAUCAGCUGCAACCCAGAAAGAACCUGUGACAAUGAAGGAACUCAAAGCAGCAAACAUUAAGAAAGGGGACUCAAAAGAGAAUGUCAAACCAACACCUACUGUGAAAGAACGUGAUGUUCCGGAGAAGGCCAAAACAAACACAGUGAAGAAAGUUACAGAAGAUAGAGUUCUGAAAGAGAAACAGCGUCUGGAGCCUGCAAAGAAAGAUAUCUCACACAUAGCUGAUCCUGUAGAAUCAGACAACUUAUCAACAGAAGAUGAGAUGCCUUACUUCCAGUGCUUCUUUGUGGAUGAGGACGACGUGCAGUAUCCCUUCUACCCCUUCUCACCGCUCCAGAUGUGAGGCUCCUGCUCACUGCGGAGCGCCGAGUCUGAACAAACCAAUGGACGUGUUGGGGGAACCACCUUUAGUGUUGAGUUAAUUUACCAAAGAGAACUACGACAAAGAUCACAACCUCCGCUGAUACAACGCAGGCUGGCGUCCGAUGCUGGUCUACAGCAAAAAGCCUUGGACGAUGGAGGAGAAUGGAAGAUGCAGGAUGACGGACAGUUCUUACAUUUCCUGGAUUGGUUGAGCUCCAAUAGUGAGACCAGGCAGCCAGUGUCAUUCCUUUCCAAUAUAUUUUUUGUGUUUGAAGGGUCCUUUUUUCUGAGGAUAUUACAUGAAUUUCAUGAUUUGUUACGAAACAGUACACUUUUGAUGUUUUUACUGAUUUAUCAGUUGUUUUAUUUUUCGACACAUAUUCUCAGUUUUUGGAUAAACAUUUGAGCUAAAUGUAGGAUUUACCAUUUAAAUAUACUUGAUGAGUGGGCACAUAUUUACCCUUGAAGUUUUUCUUGCCACACCAAGGAUUGUCCUACAACAUGCCUUUCAACCACCAAACCAUCCAUAAACCAGGAACCAAAAACUUAUUGAGAAAGGUUUUACAACAUUACUACUACCUUUUAUGAUUAAAGCUGACACAUAAGUGUCUGCUUACAUUACUCUUUCACUCUCUUUCACGAGCUGCUUUUUUAUGGCCGGAAGAGAUCAUGAUUCCUAUAUAGCUGAGCAUGCUAUUUCUGAGAUUUUCAGACAACUUUGUCUGACUUGUUUGUUAGUCUAUUGAGCUCAAUUACUUUUUUUGUGAUGUCUGACAAGUAGAUAAUAAGCACUCAUUCAAGUGUACAGGGAACUUUUCUGCUUUUCAGAGUCAAAAUUUAGUUUCUCCUUACAGUACAUGUCAGUAUUGUAAUUCAUUUGUAUUUUGAAAAACUCUGGAAAGGAAUGACCAAGCGCUGCCUGUCUCGGAGCUCCCCCAGAAACAGACCAAGGUCAAAGUCAAGACCUCGCAGUUAGGUGUGACGUUAACGCCCCCUGCUUGCCACGUCUCAGAAGGUUGAGAGUGGUGAGUCAGGUGUGGUCACAUGAUGAAGUCUUACCCAUAUGAACCAUCUUUACGUCUAUGAUGGUGCAACACAUGAUCGUGCAUACAGGAUCACACUCCUUCCUUUCAGGGUGCUUAUUCUAAGCAUUCCAUUAUCUGAUCUCUCAGAAGGAGGUUAGGGAGGAAGCUUUACAUUUAGAAUGGGUAUUGUUUUGCAUCAGAUGACUAUGGAAUAGUCUAAAUGCUUGUAUGGCAAAAAAGGUUCUGGAAGGUUCCAUUUUGUACGGUACUGAAGACAUCGAAAUAUCUCGUUACCCAUUUUGUGUCUUUGUGACUAAAAUCACUUUUUUUACUGCACAGGGUUAAUGUAUUAUAAUCCGUGACAUGAAACUAACUGGAACAUUAGCGGGACGGUGUGGAAAUUAUUGAAAGGGCACACAAUAUAGCAUAGCACUCUUGCUUGUCAAAGCCCACAUCUAUUAUUUGAUAGACCAAAAUAGCCUGUUACAAAUCCAGCUGACUUGCUAACUACAGUAUGUGUGUUGAUUCUCAAUAUGAAGAUCAAGCCCUGGUAUCCCAGAGUGAUGUUUUUUAAGUUUGUCAUGUGUUGAUAUAUAAAUGCACAGUACAGAACAUAUUGCUAGUGAUAAUGAUAUAAUAAAUAUAUGGUCAUAAUGACAAAAAGAUGAUAAUAAAAGUUUCUAACAUACAAUAGUAAUAUUGCACGAGGAUAUUUAUAUUUAUUAAGAGUGAUUGUAAAUACUGCAUUCAUAAUGUGAUUGUGUCAUGAAUCUAUGGACUAUUGCUCUGUAGUUCUUCAACAUCCAUGAAAAGGAAAGGGUGGUAAGUUUGCAUGUAUGAGCGUACCUGGUUUACUCACAGUUCUCCACUGCCUUAUUUAUUUUAACUUGAUAAUUGGAAUUUUACUGAAGUUAAAUGUCUAAUGUUGAAAAAGCAUUUCAAGGCUUAACAGCUGUAUACACCACAAUUGUUGAAACCUUGUGUGGAUGUGCGCUUAUGUCUCACUUUGCCUGCACCAAAGGUUUACAUAUGGCUCUUUACAUAGUGCUGAACAUGCUAUUUAGUGGAGGCAUAUCACAGGUUGUGGUAUGGUCUUUUAUGCUGUGUUCACUAAUGAAAUAUAUCCAUCAAUCUUUGUUUUAAAUCGUUUGACUGAACUUAGGAAAGGGAACUUAUCCCUUUAUUCCUCCUUAAAGUAUUACAAACUGAGUAGUGUUUCCUAUAUUACAUUUUUAUUUUUCAUCCGUGUUUUUCUUCAAAUAGUUUGUUUUGAAUUAUUUAUGAAAUGGAUGAAUGUAUAUUCUACCCAUCAACAUUGUAUCUAUGUGCAGUAUUGAAUUGAGACAGAUUGUCUGAUUGGUCCUCGUAUAUCCAGUCUGCUUAUUGGUCUGCAUGUAUAUAGUCAGAAUAUUGGUCUGCAUGUAUAUACAGUCAGUACAUUGGUCUGUACACAGUCACGUACUUACAUACGUGGUACGUAUCCAAGUUUGUGCAUGAAGUGUGUUCAGUUUUCUUUACCUUCAUGGUUUUGGUCUUUUGAAUGAUCUGUCUGUCACCUACACCGACGUGAAGUUUAAGUUAUUUGGUGGCAUUAGCUGUACAUGAGUGCUAAUCAAUUAUGCAAUUAAAUGUCCAUUUGGUUGUGAGCUUAUACUUUUAAUUUUUGCUUUUACUGACAUCUGUACAUAUAAACAUUGAUGCUAAAAUUCUAUUUUUUCUCCAACAAAUAAGUCUGACUUUAAUCAGAGUUUACUCUUAUGCCUAAGCAUUAAGUUACUUGUUUAUUAUCCAAAUCUGUGUAAUUUAUGUUUUGUCUUUAGUUUCUCAAACACUUGUGAAAGAAAGUCUCGGGCAGAGAGUAAGAAUAUGAAGAAUUUAAAAUAACCUUUGCAUGUUGUUGUUGUGGUGUAUGUGUUGUAGUACAUCCAUUUUGUCAGAUGAGGGCAAUGUUUAGUAACACAAUUCAAAUUCUCGGCUGCAAUUGUUAGAAAAAUGGGGUUUGUAAGAACUACUGUAAAUGGAAGCAUUAUGUGGGAAACAAGCCCAUGUUUUAAGCAGUUUUAAAGGUGUGUUGUGUCAUUUUAAGUUUCUUCAACUAAUGUAAAUAAAGUUGAACACUGGUUCGUUGUCCAGA